CUGUUGCUAAACCCACAAAACCCGCUCCUCUUCAACCCACUCCCUUAUCCUCCCCGACACACUACAAACUCUGAUCACUAUGGCGGGUACAACAUCCACUGCAUUCCGUGCAACUUCUCCAACUCUCCUCGACUUCGAACCUUUCUUCCCUAACCCAAAAUUCAUACCCGCAAAUUUCCCCCUUCAAACCCGCUCCACGGCCUCGAUUUCCCAUUCCCUCCGGGUAGUAGCUCCGGAAACGGGUCGGGUCAACACAACCAGAUGCAGAGCCAACCGCUCCGCUUACUCCCCCCUUAAUUCGGGGUCGAACUUCGGGGACCGCCCGCCCACUGAAAUGGCUCCGCUUUUUCCCGGUUGUGAUUACGAGCACUGGCUUAUAGUUAUGGAUAAACCUGGAGGUGAAGGUGCUACGAAGCAGCAAAUGAUUGAUUGUUACAUACAAACUUUAGCCAAAGUUGUUGGAAGUGAAGAAGAGGCUAAGAAGAGGAUAUACAAUGUUUCAUGUGAAAGAUACUUUGGUUUUGGAUGUGAGAUUGAUGAGGAGACGUCGAAUAAGCUUGAAGGUUUGCCUGGUGUUCUUUUUGUCCUUCCAGAUUCGUAUGUUGACCCUGAGAACAAGGAUUAUGGAGCUGAGCUAUUUGUGAAUGGAGAGAUAGUUCAAAGGUCACCUGAAAGACAAAGAAGAGUGGAGCCAGUGCCCCAAAGGGCUCAAGACAGACCCAGAUAUAAUGACCGAACACGUUACGUCAGGCGCCGUGAGAAUUCACGGUGACAACUCACCUCUUGUAUAAUAUGUGUUCCUAUUUUUAUGUAUCUUGGUUGGGGAAAAAAGACUCUAUCAUGAGAAGAGAAGGUAUGUCCUGUUCUUGCUUUCGUGUAAGCUCUAUUGUUAUGGGACAUUCAGUGAUUUAGCUGAAACAUUGAAAAGAUUGAGCACUUAAUUGUCAGUAAUGGCUCAAGCAAGUUCUUUCAUGUGUAAAAUUUUACAAGUACACUUUAUUUG